AUGUCGGAAACGAAGGAGGGAACCAGAGGGGCGGCGCAGGACAUUACUUGGAGCCAGAAGGAAGCCAAGGCCGCGCUGCUUAAGAUAAGAGACAAGCUGGAGAACAUCGGCUACGGAGGUGGGCCGGAGGCGUUGCAGCGCAAGUUUGAGAAUUACGCCCGGCUUGAGAGCGACGACGAAGUCUCUGCAAAGGCUGGGGGGGACCUCGGGCCCAUCACGAAGCGGAAGAUGCUGUUCGGCGGCGCAGAGCUCGCCAAGGCCGCUUUCGAGCUCGAGCAGGGCAAAAUGGCGGACAUCGUGACCACCAAGGAGGGCGUCCACCUGGUGGCUCGCUUCGAGUAG